CCUCGGUCAAAGUUUGGAAGCCGUUUACACUGAACUGAUGUCGUUAAAUUUUCGCGAUUUUUGCGAGGCUUUGUCAUAUUGCGAACUUGUUUGACUUUGAAAGCACUGCUGGUCGACAAAAAUUAAGCUGCAAUAAUUUAAAGCGGCCGAGAGAGACAGCGGCAAUGGCGCGUUAGUAUGUAUGCCGAGAACAGAAGCGCAGCAGAAACUGCAUGAUGGAUUACGAUCCUGCCCUUGUUCAAGAUCAGGAGGUUCCUGACAGCAUCACACAAAAUAACGUGGAUACUUUCCGGUCGAAGCACGAAACCAAGAUCCAGUGGAUAUUUCGAAAGAAGUUCCUUCUGCAUUACGGCAGUCAGAAUCAGUAUACCCCGGAUCAGUUGGAAUGUUGGUCGAAGAUUCUAUCAAACGUGAAGUUCUACGGAUGCAGUUAUGACCCUAUCGUUUUGAACCAUGUGAAUGGUCUGUUGCAAGAUAUGGGGGAAGAUCCGGUGAUGCCUCAUCCUGUUUCCAACCAGUUGCCUCAAGUGUGACAGACUGUACCCAGCUUUGUUAUACAGAUGAUUUCUGGAUUGUUAAUUGUUCGACUUGUUUUUCUUUUUACACUAUUCGUAUUCCAGCAUUGUGCAAGUGUCAUACCGUAUUAAUAAGCUCCAGUUAUUUUGCCUCCUUACCAUCUCAGUUCCUGUUCGAAUGCCGAUAGUGGGCCCAAUAUACACCCAAUUUGUUUUAUUUUUUUAUAAAAAAAUAACUGCAAAAAUAGCUGGGCUGAAAGUAGUAUAAGGAAACCGAAAAACCAAUAAAACGACUGGACGAAGA